AUGGCAAAAUUUAUCAACAGUACGGAGGCAAGAAUUCAAGGGAUAGAAACUCAAUUUGGACAACUUGUUCAAGCAAUUUCGGUAAGGCCACAAGGAGGAUUACCCAGCAAUACCGAGAAGAAUCCCAGGGAACAAGUAAAGGCCAUCACUCUACAAAGUGGAAAAGAACUUAGAAAAGAAGAAAAAGAUGAUGAGCAGGUAAAAGAGGAAGAAAGCCAAAACCUUGAAGCCAAAGAAGGAGACUACGAGUCAUCAAUGGAGAAAAAGGGAAGUUCUUUUACUCUUAAUUUAAAAUCCUACAAACCCCCUCUUCCUUUUCCUAAAAGAUUUCUUAAGGCUAACUUGGAUAAGCAAUUUGCUAAAUUUCUAAAGGUGUUUCAAAAGUUGCAUAUUAACAUUCGUCUUCUUGAUGCUAUUUCUCAGAUGCCAAAUUAUGCCAAAUUUUUGAAGGAAAUAAUUUCAAAUAAAAGAAAGUUGGAGGAGUUUGAGAUGGUAAAACUUAAUGAGGAAUGCUCAGCAAUCCUACAAAAUAUAUUACCUCCAAAACUCAAGGAUCUAGGGAGCUUCUCUAUUCCGUGCACCAUUGGUGAAAUUAAUUUUGAUAAGGCUUUAUGUGAUCUUGGUGCAAGCAUUAAUUUUAUGCCUUUUUCUGUCUUCGAGAAGCUUGGGUUGAAGGAGCCAACACCUACCACUGUUUCUCUACAUUUGGCUGACAGAAGUAUCAAAUAUCCAAGGGGAGUAGUGGAAGAUGUUUUGGCAAAAGUAGAUAAAUUUAAUUUUCCUGUUGACUUCACCGUUUUGGAUAUGGAAGAAGAUUAUGAUAUGCCCCUAAUUUUAGAGAGACCUAUUCUUGUCAUAGGAAGAGCUUUAAUUGAUGUCCAACAAGGAAAACUUAGCCUUAGGAUUAAUGAUGAAGAAGUUGUUUUUAAUGUGUUUAAGGAUAUGAAACAUUCUAAUGAUGAAAAAGAAGUCUUAAUGAUAGAUUGCAUUGAUGAUUUGGUAGAAAGAAAAUUUCAUGCAUUUAGGUUAGAUGAUCCUAUAGAAAAUUGCAUUGCUAACUCUUCUAAUGUGAAUGAACAAAUUUUAGAUGAGAAGCAUAAGGAGGCCAGGCCAUAG